GGAAUAGUUGAUCCACUAACACAGUGGAGAAUUCGUUUUAGAGCCUGGGUUUCAAGGUGCAGUGUUUUCUCGCCUAGGUUUUCUCGUCCAACUACUCCGAGUAUUGUGCUUUAAAGCGUUUGACAGCUGAAACGAUUACAGAAUGCAGCUGCCGUUUAUAAGGUUAAUUUUACAAAACGUACAUGUUUUGUUUUGAUCAAGUUAUCCUAGAGAAUAAUAUUAUUAUGUUUCAUUGAUAGCAGAAACUUUUGCAUUAACAUUUUUGAUACAUAUUGUUGGUCCGAUGAUGUGCCUUCCAAUGAGUAUAUAUUUAGGGAUAAGAUAGGACAAUAAAAUUUAUCUUAGUUAAUCAAAAAUAUUAGUAAACAAGCUGGUUUUAUAAUCACUGUGCAACAAAAUGCACAAACUAUUUUUAUUGUUGUGGUUUGUAGCCUGUAUUUCUCUUGGUUUUGGUGCUAGUUACUAUCCACAAAUCACAGUAGACUUAUCAAACUCCCAACCUGGAACUACCGUUACUAAAUUUGCUACUGCUGUGGAGGCUGCAUACACUAUAAACGUAAUAAAUAUAAAUGCCAGUGUUGACUUUUUCAACAUACAAAUCCAUACUUUCAAUGAAAUUGUUGCCUUAUCUUAUGACGACCCUAUGGAUGUACAUUCGUACACAAACGGCACUAAUAUUGGCCUGAUUUGGAAAGAAGGGCUUGAAAAAUAUUCAAUGAAGAGGAAAAAGGAAAAUACUGGUAGUGCAGCUUCCGGUUUGGUCCAGUUUUAUUUAUUCCGCAAUCACCAGGUUGAUGAACAAUUGGAUUUUUUGAUAAUCGUUACAACUUAUACCAGAAAUAAUCCAAUACCAGGCGGUUGCAAUUUAUCAUUCGAAACCGAAAUUGCUCCUUAUCAGAAGGUUAACCAAAGUGAUGAAAUUAUCACAGUCAUGAGUCAACCUCCAUCUCUGUUUGGCGAGUUUUGUAAUAAAAGUAAUAUAACCACCGAAAUGUACUAUUUUUACUUAAAAGAAUAUGAUAAUAACAGUCAAGAAUACUUUGAAGUCAUCCAAAAAAUGGCCACUCCAGACAAUAUAACCAAAUAUGGCACGAAAGUGCCAGAUCAUUUAUCUUCAAACAAAUUUAAACAAAUGUAUAAUAAUUAUCGAGGUACUGGUCGAGUAUUUGCUGUUGUAUCGACAUAUGAAGGAGAAAAAUCUGCUUACGUACCGGCAACAUCUUUCGGAUGCAACUUGCAGGCUUGGGAAGAAGAGUGCCUGGCUCCUGUCGAACCACACUGGAAAGUCGUUAUUGCAUUAUUACUCAUUUUUGGUGUGAUAAUUUGCUUUUCUGGUCAUCAAUGGUUUAAAUUUGGACUUUUUGUUAUUGGAUAUACUUUUGGGGUUAUCAUUAUGUUGAUAAUGGUGACUGUUGAUAAUGAUUUUUCAAGUGCAGGUAAAGCAGUUUAUGCGUUAUUAAUGGGAAUUUUUGUUGCCAUUGCAUGGAUUUUCCUUUGGUGGAAAUAUGGCAUACCAUUCAUUGCAGUAUUUCUAGCAUUUAUUUUGAUGGGAGGGCUUAUUGCUUCGAUCGUAUUUUAUAGUCCAUUGGGGAAUUUUUACAUAUUCACCGAUGAGCCAAGCUUUUGGCUGGCAUUUAGUUCUGUUUUGAUAAUAAGCUUAUUGCCAAUGGUCACUUUAACAUCUAUGUAUUACAUAAUUGCAUUAAGCUUAUUGGGCUCUUAUGCCAUCAUUGUUGCCCUCAAUUAUUAUUUCGGUGGAAAUUUGCCUUAUAUUUUAAUCAAUACCUACCGGAGAAUGACUGUGAAGAACUUUGGAACAGCUGUAAUCAAUCCUCCUUUUCAAACGUUAGACAUUUGGCAAACUGUUUUGUGGAUACUCUUAUUUGCCACUGGAGUCCAUGUCCAAAUCAGAAAAUCGUUGGGAAAACCACCUUUUCCACCACAUAGGAAUCGAAGUGUCAGAAAUCGAAAUGAAGCAAUGGUGAAUGAAGAAACUCCGUUGCUUUAUCCAGAAAUGCCUCCUCCAUACACAGCUACAAGAUAAAUUUUUGCAACUCUAGCACAAUUUUACAUGACAAGAAGCUAAACAAAUUUUACUAUCUAAACUUAUUAUUGUAGUAUACACAUACCUUAGGUAGUAGGUACCUAUGUUAAAAUUAAGUAAAACGAUGGUGCAUCUUAUUAUAAUAAUCUAUGACUGAUGUGUAGCUUUUAUAUCAUCAUACCAAAAUAAUAAAACAUUUCUUAGAAAAUGUGGUUUUAUUAUCUUAUAGUAUAACCCUGGAUCACCCUUCAAAUACAAAUCUUCAAGCACGGCGGGCUUAAAAUAAUAGAGAUAGCCUUUAGACGCUUCUUUUGUUCAAGAAUGGAAUUCUUCUAUUAAAUAUAGUAUCAAAAAAAAGUUUUAAAGACCGAGAAAAAACUAGACCCUUUGAAUGUGGAUUUGACCCUAAAAACUUAGCCCGAUUGAUUGAAUUAUCUAGCGAAUGGGCAUGUUUCCGAUUUUUUUUUUUCGCCUAUUGAAUAGUAUUUUGUUUGCUUAUUCUUAAUGUGCAGUUAUUUUUUUUCUGCGUUCCCAAUUUUUUUUUUAUUUUAAUUUUUGGAAAAAGCACUGUUUUGGGAUGUUGACAGUUUGUGCUUGUGAAAUAUGUAAUACUUAUAAAUUAUAAUUAUCAUUUAAAAAAAAUUUAAUCAAACAUGCAAUUGAUUAUUUAUGUGGAACAAUAAUAUAAAUAGAUACAAUAAUCAUGUAAUUAUUGGUUUUUGGAAAUAAAUCCUUAAUAAAGAUAAGUAA